AGAUAAUUAACAACAACAACAAAAAGAGCUAAACAAACAUAAAAUCAUUAACUGACAUUUGCUAAUGGAAUAGGAACAGUUUAGAACCAUUGUCUAGAAUAAGAGAUUCAGUCUGUCUUUGAAUUAUACAUACCAGAAUACUCGUCUAAUCUGUGAUUUACCGAUUGUAACAUUUUGACUGAAUGUGAAUACGCACGGCGGGUGAUGUUUACAUAGCAGAAGACUCACCUGGUCACCUUCUGGAUUUUAUGGAAAUUCCAAAAGUUUUGUUCGUUAACUUAAUAUGUAUCUUCUUACUCGAUUGAUGUCACCAUGAGAUAAGAACAUCGAAAAUGUCACCGCGUUGUUGUAAACGAUUGAUGCAAAAGAUCCAUUCAAAGGAUAUUAGAGUAGAUGAAUAUGGCAAAGCAAAGGAAUUUUGUCUUCUCAGUAUCGCUCGUCCUCAUAUGAGGGCUUUCCAUUCAUCGUGGUUUGGUUUUUUUAUUGCAUUUACGGCAUGGUUUGGCAUACAACCUCUCUUACCAACAAUAAUAAAGGAGUUGCACCUGUCAAGGAAAGAUGUCGCUAACUCUGGAAUUGCAAGUGUUGCUGCUACUAUAAUAGUACGAGUAUCUGCAGGACAUCUUUGCGAUAAAUUUGGACCACGUCGGGUUAUGGCAACCUUGUUGGUAAUAGGCUCUAUUCCAUUAGCUUUAGCAGGACUCAUCACUAGCGGGACAGGGCUAAUUGUUGUACGUCUUUUUGUUGGUUUUCUGGGUGGAACGUUUGUUCCAUGUCAGUUUUGGACAAGUAUCAUGUUUAACUACAAGAUUGUUGGAACAGCUAAUGCCAUGGUUGGUGGAUGGGGAAAUCUUGGUGGUGGAUUUACAUUUUUGUUGAUGCCUGCUGUAUUUCAACUUAUCAAAACCAUGGGUGUCCAUGAAUACAUGGCUUGGAAAAUAGCUGUUGUAGUACCAGCCGUUAUCUGCAGUGCUAUAGGUAUAUCAAUUCUGUUUACAUCUGAUGACUGUCCACAGGGAGAAUGGAAAACCCGAAGACAUGCACAUGCAAAAACUGAAGAACUUAGGGCUGUCAUUAAUGAAGGUGAAAACCUACCAAUGAAAGGACACCACAAGUCGCAUCUAAAUAAACAGCCAAAAGUAUGGACUUACAUUACAAUUUCACUGUUGAUCGUACAAUAUGGUAUGUGUUUUGGAGUGGAAAUUGCUGGAAACACCAUUCUCAAUUUAUACUUUUUAUAUCAAUUUAAAAUCGAAGGUUGCAACGAAACUACAGUUACAAUAUCAAACAGUAAUUCGACUGUAGCCAAUUUUAUUGAUAAGGAAGAAGUAAAUUUGUCAUGUAGUGUCUUAAACCAGAGUACUGCUAGUUUAAUUGCAUCUCUUUUUGGACUAAUGAAUCUGUUUGCACGUGCCUUUGGGGGAACAUUUUCGGAUGUUUGCUUCAAGCACUACAAAAUCCCAGGACGUCUGUUAGCUCACCAACUCUGUUUAGCGGGAGAAGGAAUUAUGCUAGUAAUAUUCAGCCAGAUGAAAUCUAUUCCGUCGGCCAUUUGUACAUUGGUUAUAACAAGUGUAUUUGUUCAAGCAUCAGAAGGUACGACAUAUUCCAUCGUGCCAUAUGUUCAUGCCAAGCGAAUAGGUGUGAUUUCUGGGGUUGUUGGUGCUGGAGGCAACACAGGGGCCCUUAUCUGGAAUACCAUUUGGGUUCAAUUAGUUGAUGUAGAACCAAGUUGGUGGUUUUGGGUAAUAGGUGUAAUUGUUUUCUCAGGAAGUAUGUUCACUCUGUUAUUAAGAGUUGAGGGAAUGACUAUAUGGCAUAUUCUCAGAAAACAAGAAAAAGGGAAAAAUGAAGAAAAUGAAACUGCUCUUGAACGAUAAAACUUGUUUUGAUAUGAAAGUAUAAUGAAUUUACAAGGUCUGAUAUUUUAUGUCAAUUUAUAUCCUACAUAUAUAUUUCUUAUGUUAAAAAACAUUAAAGUAUAUACAUGUCGUGUUAA